CAGCACAAAUUUAAUUAAUGCAAACCUUUGCUUUGAACAGACAUCUUACAGGUGUUUCCAGAUGGCUGCUAACUUGACUUUCAUGCAGUCAGUAUCAUCAACAAAUAGAACAUUUAUUCUUCCCUCCAGCUUUUACAUCAUGGGACUUUACAAUGUCCCACAUGCACAGUAUUACUAUGUGUUUCUGUGUUUUGUGUAUGCAGUGACUGUUUUAGGGAAUUUCUUUAUAAUGGGCACCAUAUAUCUGGCACACAGCUUACACACUGCUAAAUAUAUAGCUGUCUUCAAUCUGGCCUUGUGUGAUCUGUGUGGAAGCUCUGCUCUCAUUCCAAAGCUUCUGGACAUGUUUCUGUUUGAGAAUCAGUACAUAUCUUAUGAAGCCUGUCUAGCAAACAUGUUUUUUGUUUAUGUCUUUAUGACCAUGCAAUCUCUUAAUCUGCUUGCUAUGGCCUACGACAGGGUAAUUGCUAUAUGUUGUCCACUAAGGUAUUAUGCAAUUGUCACCAAGCCAGCAAUGACUUUAAUCAUCUGUGUUAUGUGGAUUCUUUCUAUAAGUGUCAAUGCUGUACUUAUCGGUCUAAUAACCAGACUGUCCUUCUGUAGAUCUACUACAGUUAACAGCUAUUUCUGUGAUCAUGCCCCUGUUUAUAAACUUGCCUGUAAUGAUAACUCUAUGAAUUCCAUAAUGGGCUAUGUCUGUAUGGCUGCACUGCUUUAUAUUCCAUUGAUACUCAUAGCUCUCUCAUAUGUUUGUAUUGGUUUUGCAUUACAGAAGAUCUCACAGGGUGUUGAGCGAAUCAAAGCUAUAAAAACCUGCACUUCCCAUGUCAUAUUAGUGGCCAUGUUUUAUCUACCAAUUAUUGGUAUUUACACGGCAGGUCUUACAACAUCUAUAAAUACAAAUGUCAGAAUAAUCAAUACUGCUCUGACGCAAGCAAUUCCACCCAUGUUAAACCCCAUCAUAUAUACUCUCAAAACAGAAGAGGUAUUGCAGUCUAUUAAAGCAAUCUACAAACAAACUAAGGUGAAUUCUUCAAUGGAGAAAGCUGUGAAAAAGACUGUUAGAAAUUGA